UCUCUAAACCUAAAACCCCCCCUUCCUCCAUCCUCAUUCCUUAUCAUCCCUUCCCUCUGCUUCCCUUCCUCGGAAGCAGAUACUUUUUUCCCUAAACACCCUCAUUUUAUUUUUAUUUACAUUUCUCAUUAACUCCCUCAAAAUGAAACCCUUCUUCUUCUUCUUCUUCUUCUUCUUCUUCUCCGGCGCCGUUGCCGGCCGGAGAACGGGCACGUUGUCGACGCGCUACUACCAAAGAUCUUGCCCCAAUGUCGAAUCCAUCGUCACCUCCGUCGUCACCAACAAGCAAAUCACCAACCCCACAACCGCCGCCGGCGCGCUCCGCCUCUUCUUCCACGACUGCUUCGUCGGCGGCUGCGACGCUUCCGUUCUCAUCACCUCCAACUCCUUCAACGCCGCCGAACGCGACGCCGAGAUCAAUCUCUCCCUCCCCGGCGACGCCUUCGACGCUGUCGUCCGUGCCAAGACCCAACUCGAGCUCACUUGCCCUAACACCGUCUCUUGCUCCGACAUUCUCGCCCUCGCUACCCGCGAUCUCGUCUCCAUGCUCGGUGGUCCCUUCUACUCCGUCCCUCUCGGCCGUAAAGACUCCCUUUCCUCCCAUGUCUUCUCCGUCGAAGGUAAUCUCCCCCGCCCUAACAUGACCAUCUCCCAAAUCCUCUCCAUCUUCUCCUCCAAGGGUUUCUCCACUCAAGAAACCGUUGCCCUCACCGGUGCCCACACCGUCGGCUUCUCCCAUUGCAAGGAGUACGCUUCCCGCAUCUACUCCUUCAAUGGCGGUGCCCACGACCACUACGACCCUUCUAUCAACCCUCGCUACGCUCAGGCCUUGCAGAAGGCUUGCGCUAACUAUCUCCAUGAUCCCACCAUUGCUACCUUCAACGAUGUCAUGACUCCGGGCAAGUUUGACAACAUGUACUUCCAGAAUCUUGCCCGGGGACUUGGCCUUCUUGCUUCCGAUCAGGCUUUGGUUUCUGAUUCAAGGACUAGUCCCUUUGUUCACCUUUAUGCUGCUAAUCAAACUGCUUUCUUCCAUGAUUUUGCUGCUGCAAUGCAGAAGCUUAGCGUUCUUGGUGUCAAGUCUCUUCGGGACGGCGAGGUUCGUCGGAGGUGCGAUCAAUUCAAUACUAUUUCUACUUGAUUUGAUUACUGGUUCUUUUAUAUCAGUUUCUUAAAUUCCACCCAACCAAACAGCAUGCAUUGCUAUUGUUGUUGUUGUAUUCCUUGUUGUUGUUAUUGUUGUUGUUGUUGCUGCUGCAUUUGUUGGUAGUGGUGUCGCAUUGGUGGUUAUUGAUCGAUGAGAAGGGGAAAGAUAAGCAUUCUUUUUUUA